CCUCUAAACCAACAACCCCACGUUGCUCAUACCUAGGUACCUUCUUAUGACAUGUUCAGUCCCUGGCCGGAUAGGAGAGUAAGGAGACCCCCCCACCUUCGUUUCCCUUUGAUAACCCAAAUCUUCCCUCAGUCCCACCUUCUCUUGGCUCUUUCUUCACUUCCAAUUACCAAAAUACUAAAUUUUCAACUUCAUUUUCACUCAUUAGUUAAAUAAAAUAAAAGCCCACUUAAAAAAUAAAAAUCCACAUUUUAUUUUGUAGUAAAAAUAAAAUAAUAUCCCACCACCUUUUCUUGAUUUCUUAAAUUCUUCAGAUUUGAAUCAGAACUCUCCUCAUUCCUUCCUCCCUCUCUUUCUCUCUCUUCUUUUCUUCCUCUAUUUCUAUCCACCUCUUCAUUGCUUCAAAUCAAAACACCCAACUUUUUUUUUUUUUUGGUAUAAAAAACUGGGCAAAUUCUCAUUGCCCACUUCAAAUUUGGCUAAAAAAAAUCUAAAAAAUGGCUCAAAAGCAUUUGAAAGAAUUGCUAAAAGAAGAUCAAGAACCCUUUUAUCUAAAAGAUUAUAUUGCAAAUAAGCAAUGUUUAUUGAAAAAUAAACAACAACAAAUACAAAAACUUCAACUCAAAAAACCCAAAAAACCCACUUCAAUUUUACACAAAAAUACAUGUUUUUUCUCUUUACAAGACUCCCCUGACCUUAGAAAAUCACCUAAAUUAUUUGAUUUUCCACCUUCACCAAUUCCGAAUGCUAAAAGCCCUAACAAAGUAUUCCUCCAUAUCCCUACUAAGACUGCCACUCUUCUUCUCGAGGCGGCGAUGAGGAUCCAAAAACAAAAAUCAAAGCCGCAAAAGACCCAACAAAUUAAGAAUUCGGGUUUCGGGUUAUUUAAUACUAUGCUGAAAAAACUUUCAUUAAGAAAUCGGACUCAGAAACUCAAGUCCGACCCCAAAACGGAAGUUAGUGAGGCAGAUGAAAAUGUUAUUACGAGUAUUGUGUCAUGUUCAGUUUCUUCAUCUUCAUCUUCUUCUUGCAAUGGAAGGUCAAGUAGCUUGGAUUUGGAGAGUUCGAUUAGUGGAAGAUCAUUUGAUGAAGUAGAAGAAGAUAAAGAUGAAGAUUUUGAGUUUACUAACGUUUUGAAAGAAAAUAAUAAUAUUAACAAGAUUAGUAGCAAUAAUAAUGGAGAUUAUUAUUAUUCACCAAUUUGCUUAAGUCCUUUAAGUCCAUUUCGUUUUUCUCUUCAUAAAAGCCCUUCUCCUGAACGUUGCUCUCCUGCUAAAUCCCCUGUUCGUUACAAAUUUCAGGGCAACGUAAACUACAAGCAUGAAAACCUAACGAAAUUCCAGCAAAAGGAAGAUGAAGAAGACAAAGAACAGAACAGCCCAGUUUCCGUGCUUGAUCCUCCAUUCGAAGAUGACUACGACGGACACGAAGAUGACAGUUACGAGAUUGAAUGCAGCUACGCUUUCGUUCGCAGAGCCCAACAAGAGCUGUUUCAUAAGCUUCACAGGUUUGAAAAAUUGGCGGAGUUGGACCCUAUUGAGCUCGAGAAAAGAAUGAUCGAAGAAGAAGAAGAAUACCAACUAGAACAUACGAAUGAAUUUGAAGAAUACAACCAUGAAACAUUCACAUUCGAUGAAGAAACUCAAGCCCAUGACUUCUUGCAAGAUAUAAUCAGGAAAACAGGUUUUCAGGAUGCGAAGAAACCCGGGAUCAAGAGACUUAUUUCUGAUCUAAUAAUCGAGGAAAAUAGUGAAGAAGAAGCAUCUGAUGAGCAAGUCAUUAAAAGGAUAUGUAACAGAUUGGAGUCAUGGAAGGAAGUGGAAUCGAACACAAUCGACAUGAUGGUGGAAAUCGAUCUAAAGAGGGAGAUUAGUGACUGGAAGAAGUCUCGAAAGGAAUUCGAUGAGGCUGCAGUGGAUAUUGAAGUUGCUAUAUUCGCGGUAUUGGUUGAUGAAUUGGUAGAGGACUUGGCAUGAUCAAGUUGAGAAACAUUUUCCUUGGGGAUUCUAGGAAGAAAGUCCAUUACUUUUAUGUUAAUUUUCGCGGUUCAUUGUUUCAUUCUUUUACUACUUGGCAGGAUACUUGAAGCAUGGAUCAUAAUCUAACUCGAGAGAUUAAUUAGGGUAAUUAGGUAAGUAACCCGAGGAUGACGAUGAUUCGGGUUUAGUGCUAGAGUAGUAUCAAUGUAUGUAAGGGGGGAAAGGGGAACAUGACAUGUAUAAUACCUAUAUUUUGAGUAGCUUAAUCAUGAGGUUGCAUCAUUUUGAUGCUUGCCCUUUUAUGAAUAAAAUAAUAACAGAAUUAAGAACUUUCUUUGGCAA